AUGGGCAUCUCGACGCGUGUCAAGGACUACAUUUCUCAGCCGUAUGAGAAUCAAGGCGAAGGAAAGCUUGUCAGGAAGCUUGACUUCUUCAUCUUGACCUUCUGUUGUCUCAUGUAUUUCACCAAUUAUCUGGAUCGGUCCAAUCUGGCCAAUGCCUAUGUGUCUGGCAUGAAGGAGGAAUUGGCCUUCAAGGGGAACCAGUACAAUCUGAUCAAUACCAUCUUUACCGUCGGCUACAUUCUCGGCCAGGUUCCUAGCAAUUUGGCUCUAUACCACUUCAAACCUCGCAUCUUCUUCCCGAGCAUGAUGAUCGUUUGGGGCGGAUUGACUAUGGUCACAGCAGCUGCAAAAACACCGCAACAAAUCAUGGCUGUCCGUUUCUUCCAAGGCAUCGCCGAGUCAUCCACCUUCGUCGGCACUCACUACAUCCUCGGAUCCUGGUACACCGGCCGGGAGCUCGGAAAACGUAGUGGUAUCUUCACAGCCUCCGGACUUGCAGGAACCAUGUUUGGUGGAUUCCUACAGACUGGCAUCAACUCCUCGCUGAGCGGAAGACACGGCAUCGCAGGCUGGAGAUGGCUCUUCAUCAUCGACGGUAUCAUCACGCUCCCGAUCGCUCUCUAUGGCUUCUUGCUCUUCCCAGACACUCCAUCUACGACAUCGGCAUUCUACCUCACUUCCUCAGAGCGAGCCCUUGCAAUCUCCCGAGUCCCCGAAGUUCCCGAACGACGGCCCUUCAACUGGGCCUUCGUCACGCGGGUCUUCACAUCUUGGUACUGGUACGGCUUCGUGAUGCUAUGGAUCAUCGCCGGCGAAACGGAGUCCUUCUCCUCAAACUCUCUCCUGGCAAUCUAUAUGAAAUCGACCAAGAAAUAUACCAUCCCGCAACUCAACAACUAUCCCACCGGCGUCCCAGCCGUCGGUAUAGUAUCCACUCUCUUUUGGGCCACGCUCACAGAUUUCCUCGGCGGCAAGCGAUACCUUGUCGGAUACUGGAUCGGCAUCACCGGUAUCGCAACAGCAGCCAUGAUCCUCACCACCGACAAUACGUCGGUCAUCUUCGGCGCGUACUACUGGGCCGGGAGCGUCUACGCUUGCCAAGCCACCUUCUUCGCGUGGGCGAACGACGCCAUGAGACUAGAGGAAGAUAGUCUGAGGGCCGUAGUUAUCGCCAGCAUGAACUGUGGUAGCAACGCCGUUAACGCUUGGUGGAGUUUGGUAUUCUAUUCGGCUAAUUUCGCGCCCAGGUUUACGAGAGGUAUGUGGGCUAUGAUUGGCGUGUCCGUUGCGAUGGCCAUCUGGACUACGGGAUUGCUGCACAUGACGACGCGGACAGACAAGAAGAGGAGGCUCGUGGAGGCGGAGGCUCCUGAUGCUUAUGAAAAGAACCACGAGGCCACAGUGGCAAGUGGUUGA